AUGUCAAAAAAGGGCGAAUUAGCGAAGAUAAAGUUGCAAAAACGUGUGGCUAAAGCAUCGUUAACAAGAUUCGAGACUUAUAUGAAUGAUGACAUAGACCCGGAAUCGUACGAAAUCGAAGAAGUGAAAAUAAGAUCCGCGAAACUAGACGAGGCGUAUGAAACAUUUACCGCGGCGCAAAUAGAAAUAGUUGCUAGUGAUAAUACAGCUUCAGAAGAAGAAAUAGCACUAGAAUCUGCAGAUAUAGAAGAUAAGUACAUAAGGUUGAAGGUAGCAGCUGAAAAGCUAAUAAAGGAAAAGUUGAAUACUAGCAUAAAUCACGGUGAGGCCGAACGAACGAUUAUAGAAGCGCGCGACAAUAUAAAUAACAAUGAAAGAUUGCAGAUACCGGCGUAUAACACUCAGGUUUAUUAUCUAAGAUCAUCCUUGGAAGGGGAUGCUGCAGAAGUCGUAUCGUCACUAGAAAUUUCCGGCAACAAUUAUGCGGGCGCCUGGGCCCUCCAGACAUUAAACAGACCCGCGGAUCAAUGGGAUGAUCUACUUAUACAUAUAAUAACUAGCAAAUUAGAUAUAAGAACGAUAAAGGAAUGGGAGGAUACGAUUAAUACUACUCAAGGUCCUAGUUUUACAGAGUUGAUUGAAUUUUUGAAAAGGAGAUGCCAAACAUUGGAGGCAGUGGAAAAGAUGGGAAGUAUUAAUACAACCAAUGCAUCAUCACGCCCAGGCAGUCACAAGGUAAAGGCUAAGGGUUUAUGUCUAAAUUGUUUGAGGGGUAACCACUUAAUAAAGGACUGUUCCUCCGGAAGUUGCAGGAUAUGCAGUAAACGACAUAGCUUUCUGUUACAUAUUGAAAAUCAGAAAAGUAAUUUGGAAUCAAAGGCAAGUCAUUCAAGUUCAGUAGAGUUGAAGUAUUCGAGUCAGGUAUUGUUAUCCACUGCUGUGGUAAAGAUAAAAGAUAAAGAUGAUCAGUUCGUAAAUGCAAGAGCGCUAUUAAAUAAUGGAUCGCAGUCAAAUUUUAUAUUGAGUUCAUUGGCUAAAAAAUUAAAGCUUGAUCUUAGGGAUUCACCGCUGGAAAUAAAGGGCAUUGGCCAACAGAUAUUUAAAGCAUUAAAGAUAGUAGAAUUGCAAAUGAGCUCUCAAUUUGAAUCCUUUACGCGGAUCCUCAAUUCCAUAUUCCAGCAGGAAAUAAAUUUGUUGAUAGGGGCUGAGAAAUUUUGGGACCUGCUGUGUGUAGGCCAAAUCAAAUUAGGUAACGGCAAGCCUGUACUUCAAAAAACGUUAUUAGGAUGGAUUGUUGCAGGUAAACUCGAUGUGCCCAGAAAUAAUCCGCUGAGCGCGUCUUGUUUUCUGAGUUGUAUACAGGAAUUGAACGAUACGUUAGGAAAGUUUUGGCAAAUCGAAAAUGUUCUAGAUGAUGUGAAAUUGCCUGUCGAGUUUGAACACUGUGAGGAGCAUUUCAAGAAAACGUAUAAAAGAAACCCGCAGGGCAGAUUCAUAAUUAAAUUACCGUUAAAGGAAGACGCAAUAUACCAUAUGGGGCAUAUGAAGGUAGUUAACGAUUCAAGGAAUACGGCGUUGAGAGUUUUGUUACCACAUCAGCCGGUAAUUAAUGAGUCCAGUGCCACUACAAAGGUUAGGGUAGUGUUUGACGCAUCCAGUAAGAGUAGUAAAGAGAUAUCGUUAAAUGACACUUUACAUAAAGGGCCCACAAUACAAUCAGACUUGUUUUCGAUACUAUUGAAAUUCCGAUGUUUUCG